UCAGACUUUGAGGUAGCCGAGCCUUCUCUGCUUGGUAGCCUAGCAAUGUAGAAUGUCGGAUUAAUCGGACUGUUCCGAUCCAAUGACGAACAUUUCCGAUUUGAGAAGUUGUCACAUGUGUACCAAAAACGGUAAUUUCCAAAAACUCACAUCCCGUAUUCAUGCAUGUGACCACCUUCUCGUCAUGAUGAUAUCCUGUGUGCUUUUUUUGUCAAUUGUUGGACCUUUGUGCGCUUCCUUGAAACGAUCGAGUGAGCCUCAAAGAAUUGCUGCACCAGAUGCUGUUUCAAACUCGUUAUGGCCACUUCCAGCUUCCGUGACAGCUUCUGGACCACGUCUUUCAGUUUCUCCAGCAUUCGUUAUUCAAACAUCAUCAAAGUCAGGUGUCGUGAAACGCGGAAUUACACGUUAUUUGGAGAUAAUACUGCGGAAAAUCGGAGGAAAUCAAGUGCACAAUCCAAGUGAAAAGAGUGAAACGCUGACUGAACUUGUUUUGAAUGUGCGUAGUGAUGCCGAGAUUUUGAGCGUGGAGACCUCUUACUGGUACAUGUUGAACAUAACCAAUGGUCAGGCUAACAUAGAAGCCAAAACGCCUUAUGGAGCAUUGUAUGGAAUGGAAACAUUCACUCAGCUAAUUGAAAGUGGAAGUGUAAUAAAUAGUGUUGUGACCAUUGAUGAUGAACCCAGAUAUGUACACAGAGGCCUCAUGUUAGAUACUGGGCGGAGAUAUUUUCCCCUUGAACUUCUGUAUAAUAUUCUGGAUGGCAUGAGCUCUGUCAAGUUAAAUGUUUUCCACUUCCAUUUCGCAGACUUCUGUCGAUUCAGUGUCCAAAGCAAACUCUAUCCAGAUUUAAGAAACAAUGAGAGUCAAUUUUACUCCCAAGAACAAGUAAAAUCUCUGGUGUCUUUUGCCGCCGACAGAGGAAUAAGAGUAAUUCCAGAAGUAGAAUCAGCAUUCCAUGUCCUUGGAAUGAUAGGGCUAGAGAACAAAACUAAAGGGCUUUAUUUCUGCAAUAACUCAAUGGGUUAUGUUGAGCUGUAUAAUGAUCCAGAGGGAGUUACAAUGAACACAAUGAAAGGCAUUCUUGAAGAAAUGAUGACACUGUUUCCUGAUCAGUACUUCCACCUUGGGUUGGAUGAAGUGAUUACUACAUCCUUGUGUACUUUGGAAAAAACCAAAGAGCUGGAACAGGAGCUGCUCAAAUUUCUUCAGCAGAAAGGCAAGACACCAUAUGCUUGGCAGGAAGCACUAUUAUCAACAGCUGCGGCAAUAAAUGGAACAGUACUACAAGCAUGGAAAGGUGUAUCAUUGAAAACUCUCAUUGAUAAAGGAUUUCAAGUGAUAAAUGCAUUGCAGAACUACUUUUACUUGAAUGUUCUUUCUAAUGCGAGCGUAUCAUGGACUGACAUUGCAACAGGAUUAAACCCUAAUGAACAGACAAUGCUCCUUGGUGGUGAGAUGGCAAUGUGGACAGAUGAUUACUGCUUUGUCUCUCAGUGUUUUUUGUACAAAAGGGCCAAACCUGUUGCUUGGUGGAUGUAUGGGCCAGAUGCUGAGUCUCAGUUUACUGAAUCAGUCAGUGGCAUUAUUUGGCCUAGAGCUAUUGUUGGUGCUGGCUCUUUUUGGAAUUACCAGGCAGACUUGAAACCGGACAGCCCAGAGUUUCAGAUGAGAGUUGAUAGUCAACAUAAGAGAAUGAUUGAACGAGGCAUUCUCACAUGUCCUAUGGGAUGCAAGUGUGACUAUCUUAGCAGGUGUGGACAAUCCUACCCACACCCUUAAUUUUUUAAUAUUGAAAGAUUGGUUGCAAAUUACUGUAGAAUGUGUUCAAAAAAUGCAACAGGCUUGUUAACAACUUGCCAAAAAAAACAGGCACUUGAAGUAGUGUGAUCAGCUAUAGUGAAUUGUAGGUGUGCUUUUACAUGAAUGUACUUUUGCAGGAUUCGUCAGUUUGUAGUCUAGCUUCUUCACAAAUGGAUACUGUAACUAUCAAAUCAAUUACUUUUAUCAAGCCUUGUUUUGUAUCAUAGGUGUAAUGGUCAACUGAAAGAAUUCUAAGAAAUCUUGGUGUUUUUCUUCUCCCUUAAUUAAUGAGUUUGAUGGAGAGCUAAGUGCAAAAAUUCAGAAUGCAUCCCUCUCUGUGGAAAUAAGAUUCCCAUUUUCAAAUUUCUCCUGGUUUGAAAGGCACUUUCAAAAAGGGUUGUUUUCAGGCAGUGUAUUAUUUAUGGGAAUUGGUGUGGACAGUGGACAUAUGUGUAGCUGUAGAAAAUACUGGUGGAUGAAUUGUCUUACAUACUCCUCUGAUUUGAAUGUUUAUGAGGUCAAAGAUCUAAUUUUGGUCAGGGGCUGAGCAAUAUUAUCAAUGGAAAAUUUAUCUUUUGAUGGCAAAGUCAUUUAUUAAUAAUCAACUGUCAUUUAGUAAAGUUGCAAAGUCAGAGGCUAACUUACAAUAUUACUAUUUUAUGCAGUCUUACUGCAUAAUUUUAAUUGUCUUAGUCUGUGUGGUACAUAUCAGGCUAUUCAGCACUAACAUAUUGCAUUGUAAACUGAGGUGUCAUUUACCACUUUAGGAGUGUAAAUGGGUACUAGGUCGUAACACUUGAAUAAAAUUGGAGACUUCUGUUUUCACCACCCAUUGCAGUUAUGGAUGAGAUUCAUAAAUAUUUUUUCAGUUUGAAUCCAAAUACAGGAUUUGUAGUAUAACUUUAUACCCCAUAAGUGAGAAACCUUGAUACACCAGGGCUGUAUAUAAUUGUUUUGUUCAAGUUAUGCACUGUAAAUGUGACUGCAUUUUUGUCUGAGAAACUUCCUUAAGGUCUGUAAUUAAAACAUCUUCACUGGAGAAUGUCGUUGUUUCAACAAGCCACUCACAGUCUGUUACUAUUUGUAUAGACAAGUAGUGAACAUUAAUGAUAUAUUAUUGUAAUACGUUGACGUUAUUCAAUAGCUGUGCUUAAGUACCACAUUGUAGGAUUUAUUCCCCAUUUGAAAUGCAUUCAACUUUAAGUUAAGCUGCUAAAUUGGUCACAAAAUUAUAAUUCAUUUAAAACUUUUACACCUUGUUGAGUUGGCAAAUAUUGAAAAAGACAAAGUUUGUAUAUAAGACCUCACUUAAUCUGAAUGAAUAAAAAUAUUGUUUCCAGUGUUUGUUAUAAUCAAUUAGCAUGUUGUGCUAGCUUGACUAUUACUAUCAGCACUGAUAUCAAAUUUAUUAAAUCUGUAAAACUA